AUAUUUGGGGUUUUUAUUGUAUAUUUUGGUGUAUUUGUAGUCUAUUUAUACAUUAUUUCCAAUUUGAUCGACAAAAACAUCAAUUAUUUUCUUCAAUUAUCUAUCAUUUGGUCACACAGUUUGUGGUCAAAAUUGAAACAUAAUGUCUGGGAUGAAGAAUGAGGUGAUCCAUAAGUUAAGGGCGGACAUCAGGUCAAAACUGGAUCAAAUUGGUGCCAUCGGUGACAAUGAAUUGGCCGAUUAUAUCAUGGUUUUAGUGGCAAAUCAAAAGACUAAAUACCAAAUGAAAGACGAUUUGUCGCUUUUCUUGAAUGAAAAUACCGAUGAGUUUGUCAAUUGGUUGCACACAAGUCUCAAACAAUUGCAAGUCAACGCUAAUCAAAAUGAUGACAAGAAAACAGUCAAAAGUGAUGUCGAAAAAGAUAAUAAAGACAAAGAUAAAGAUAAUCUAACUAAAGAAGAACCCAAAAUAUUAUCUUCAAAUUUAAACAAAAAUAAGUUAAAACAACACAAAAAAGUAAAGAAGAUGUUUAAAAGUGAUGACAUUACACCAGAUGUUAUGCCAGUGACUGAUGAUAAUAAUAUUAAGACAAAUGAGAAGAAUGUUAACGAUUCAACUAAACGAGAGACAAAUGCUGACAUCAUAGUCACAAAUAAAUUUAAGAGUCAAUCUGAUGGGUUAAAUGUUGAAAUGAUUGAUAGCCAACCAAAACAAGAGCAAAAUGACGGCGAUGUUGUCUUACUUUUAAAUCCCGACGGCGGAGAAGUCGAUGAAUUACUUCAGGAAAAUGUAAACGAAGAAAAAAAAAUAGUUUCACACGAAACUAAAGAAACGGAAACCGAAACAAUAGGUCCAAAAGUAGUGGCUAUAAGACGCCAAUCAUCGAUUCCCACUUCUGCAGUAAAAGCUGUUAUUAAUAAUAAGAGAAGGUAUGUGGAGGAAGACGACAAUGAAAUUAAAAAUACUACUACAGUGGCCAGUGUUGUACGGGUCACACAACGUAAAUUCAUACCACAAGAACUUCAACCUAACAAAAACUUAAUCCUCAGAGCCGUUAAAGAGGCCAACGAUUCGACGCGACAUAAAAAGCGACCGAAUGAAGAGCCAGAUUAUAUACCGACACCUAUUAAGAGACGUCUCGGAGAGAAACAAGUUGUUAAAGAAGUAAACGAUGAAGAAUUAGAUCCACAAGAUUUGCGCAAUUAUUUAAAUGUCAACAAAAAUGAUUCUGUUGACACAGAUUUGGAUAAAUUUGAAAACAAUGCUAAAAGAAUUGUCAAAAAUGUUGAUUACGAAGAAAAUAAUCCACAGUUUGUCGUGACUUUAGAUGGUGUGGAUCACAGAAAAUACAUGAAAAAUAAUAACAUUGAUGACCAUAUAAUUAUCGAAGAGGAUAUUGAAGAAGAAUUUAUGGAAAAUGACAUUAAAGGCGAUGACAAUGAAGUGGAGAACGAAGAGAUGAAUGAACAGAAAGUUAAUGAAAGAUGUCGUUAUUGGCCGAACUGUAAGAAUGGGAAUCAAUGCGAGUUUCAACACCCGACCACUCAUUGCAAAACAUUUCCAAAUUGCCGUUUUGGUGAUAAAUGUUUAUAUAUUCAUCCAAAUUGUAAGUUUGAUUCCAUGUGUUCGAGAAGAGACUGUCCAUUUACUCACACAACAAGACGUAAACUACCUGCACCUCUACCCUCAUAUAUACCACCAGUUCCACUGCAAAUCAAACAAUGCAAAUAUCUGCAAAACUGCAAGAAUAUUAGCUGUCCGUUCUUUCACCCAAAGAAUUGUCACUUUGGAGUUAAUUGCCGGACCCGUGACUGUCCUUAUAUUCACCCGAAUUCAGUAGUGAAUCCCAAUCAUUACAAAUGGAUAGCAAAGAGUCACAUUAGUGAACGACAAUUUGCUAUUUCGGAUGACAAACAAUUAUAACAAAAAUAAUAACAUCCUAUUUGUCAUGUUUUUAUUUUGCCAACAUAUAUACAAUAUAUUUAUA